UGGUGUACUAAUUUUUAUUUCGAAAGAAAUAUGGUUUAAUUUAAUAUAUGUACGGAUAGUAUCUACGUUAAAACAAAGUUCCAUGCAACAAUUGGCUGGUCAAAGCGUACUUGAGCUAGAAAGAGAUUCAGUAUUGACCAACGUUAAUUUUUAAUACCAGUAUCAUACCAACGUUACUGUCAUUAUUAAUACAGUAGGUUGGGGGAAGAUGGGACACUUUUUAUUUUCGUCUCAUUUGGUACUAGACAAAGAACAUCCAAAGAAUUAUAAAACCGUAUCCUCACGACUCCCAUAGACCGUUGUUAGUUGUUUAAAACACAAUCAGGAUAUUUGGAUAUUAUGUGCUAAAGUUGUCCCGUCUUCCCCACCCUACUAUAUAUACCAAGUGUCCAAAUUACAAAAAAAAGAAGAGAAUGUAUUCUUUAAAAAACGACGAUUGAAUUUGAUUUUUAGAGCUUCUGUUAAGAGGGAAAAUGGUUAAGGAAAAGCUUCACAUCAACAUUGUAGUGAUAGGCCACGUCGACUCCGGAAAGUCAACGACCACUGGUCAUCUAAUCUACAAAUGUGGGGGCAUCGAUAAAAGAGCGAUCGAGAAAUUCGAAAAAGAAGCAUCCGAGAUGGGUAAAGGAUCGUUCAAGUAUGCCUGGGUGUUGGACAAACUGAAAGCGGAACGAGAAAGAGGAAUCACAAUUGAUAUUGCACUUUGGAAGUUUGAAACGGUUAAGUAUUACAUCACGGUUAUUGAUGCACCUGGUCACCGAGAUUUCAUCAAAAACAUGAUUACUGGAACAUCCCAGGCCGACUGUGCCGUCUUGGUUGUUGCGGCUGGGGUGGGAGAGUUCGAAGCAGGGAUAUCGAAGAACGGACAGACAAGAGAGCAUGUUCUUCUUGCCUACACCCUUGGAGUUAAACAAAUGAUCAUAGCUGUCAACAAAAUGGACAGCACUGAACCGAAGUAUUCGGAGGUGCGUUUCAAUGAAAUAAAACAGGAAGUGACAAACUACAUUAAAAAGGUUGGCUAUAAUCCUAAAAAGGUUGCUUUUAUUCCAAUAUCUGGCUUCUACGGAGAUAAUAUGUUGGAACCAUCGGACAAUAUGAAGUGGUUUAAGGGAGCAGAAUUACCGAAGGGAGAUAAGAAGGAAACCAAAAGGGUCAUGACUUUGUUCGAAGCUUUGGAUGCAAUAGAAGAACCGAAACGACCAACCGAUAAAGCGCUAAGAUUGCCUCUGCAAGACGUUUACAAAAUCGGAGGAAUCGGCACGGUUCCGGUUGGUCGGGUUGAGACUGGUAUUAUAAAACCAGGCAUGCUGGUGACGUUUUCACCCGCCAACAUUACUACGGAAGUCAAGUCGGUAGAAAUGCACCACGAAGCACUGACCGAAGCACUUCCAGGAGACAACGUUGGUUUUAACGUUAAGAACGUAUCGGUGAAGGAUAUUAAGCGUGGUAUGGUGGCAGGAGAUUCCAAAAACGAUCCGCCGAAAGAGGCAAAUACUUUUAAUGCGCAGGUAAUCAUACUGAACCAUCCGGGCCAAAUACACGCAGGAUAUGCUCCUGUUCUGGAUUGCCACACCGCUCAUAUCGCUUGCAAGUUCGAUCAACUAUUGGAAAAAAUUGAUCGUCGUUCUGGGAAGAAGCUUGAGGAAAACCCAAAAAGUGUGAAAAGUGGUGACGCCAUAAUUGCUGUACUGAAACCCUCAAAACCGAUGUGUGUCGAAUCAUUUAGUGAAUAUCCACCACUAGGUCGCUUUGCUGUUCGAGAUAUGAGACAAACUGUUGCAGUUGGGGUGAUUAAAAGUGUCGAAAAGAAAGAAGCCGGUGCCGGAAAAGUAACAAAAGCUGCACAAAAAGCGGCCAAGAAGAAAUAAUCUUCCGCGUAACGUUUCAACGAUAAUAAACACCCUUCACGCUUGUUCAAUAAAAGGGAUACAAUGUC